AUGUCAAUGCACACCACCCUCCGCCGCACCGCGGCCACCCUCACAACCUCAACAACAACCAUCCUCCCUACGCGAACAACACAAAGCACAACCUUCAUCUGCUCUCAAUGCCGCCACGCAACGCUCCUCCGCCGCCCCAAGCGGCCCUACACCUUCACACAGCUGAUCACGCUCUCCGACGGCAGCGCCUUCACGCACCGCACGACCUCACCUGCACCCAUCUACCGCAGCACACGCGACACGCGCAACUCGCUUUUGUGGAACCCGUCGUCCAGCAAGCUGAUGAACGUCGAGGACGACGAGGCCGGUCGAUUGGCGGCUUUCCGUGCCAGAUUCGGUCGUAGCUUUGAUGCUAAUACGCCUGUUGUGGAGGCUGAGGCUGCGGCUAAGGAUCCGGCUGCUGCGUUGAAGGCUGAGGCGGAUGCGAAGGCGCAGGCGAAGGCGGAGCAGGAGGAGGAGGAUAAUUUGUUGGAUUUGAUUAGUGCUUUUGGUCAGAAUGAGGCGCCGCCGCCGCCUGAGAAGAAGUUUACUAAGCCUGGGAAGAAAUAG